GAGAUACGAGGUUCGUCGAAACGCUCUGUGACGACUGCUGAGCCGUGUUUGUGCUACAGUCGCCAGCUUAUCCAGCGGCUUCAAGGUGUGUUUUAAAGGCUGUAACAGACACAUUUCACGCCGCAGCAGAGGAGUAGAGGUUCUCUGUUGUUGGAAUAACGUCCGCUGGCUGACUAACUUCUCCAAUAUCCAGCAACAAACCCGUCACCGAAAUGGGCUCGUCUAAGAAACACAAAGAGAAGGACAAGGAGAGGGACCCAGAGGAGCGGCACCGUGAGCACAAAAAACACCGACACAAGGAGAGAGACAGGGAUAAGGAGAGGGAUGGGAGGGAGAAGGAGAAGGAGAAGGAGAAGAGGAAAAGGUCCCGCUCCCGAGAGAGGAGCAGCCGAGGAGAGAAGGAGAGUCGCAGUAAAGGGGAGAAGAGCAGCGGAGAGCCGCGGGUAAAGAAGGAAAAGGUUGAUGCUGGUUAUGAGGAGAGUGAAGAUAUUGCUCCAAAAUCUGCGAGUGGUGAUGCUUCACUCAGCAUUGAAGAAACCAAUAAGUUGAGGGCCAAACUGGGUCUGAAGCCUCUGGAGCUGAAUGAGAACAAAAAAGAGCUCGGCACAAAGGAGGAACCCUUGUUGGCUGAGACAAUAAACCCUGCACAGAUCAAACAGCAGGCCGACAUAAGAGAGAAGCUUGCUGCUCUCAAAGAGAAACGUCUGCUCAAUCAAAAACUUGGCAAAGUGAAGACCCUUGGAGAGGAAGAACCAUGGUUGGACGAUACUGCUGCCUGGGUGGAAAGGAGUCGCAAACUAGCUAAAGAAAAGGAGAUGGCAGAGAAGAGGGCCAAACUCCUGGAAGAGAUGGAUGAGGAAUUUGGUGUGAGCAAUCUGGUCGAGCAGGAGUUUGCACAGAGCAAGAAGGAGGCUUACAGUUCACAGGACCUUAAAGGUCUUGCUGUGCAACACAAGAUUGAAUCCUUUAAAGAGGGGGAAACAGUCAUCCUGACUCUACAAGACAAAGGUGUUUUGGAAGAGGAGGAGGACAUGCUGGUGAAUGUGGGUCUGGUGGACCGAGAGAAAGCAGAGAAGAAUGUGGAGCUUAAGAAAAAGAAGCCUGAUUACAAACCCUAUGAUGAGGAGGAGAGUGUAGACGACAUGGUCAUGUUCAAACCAAAGUCCAUCCUGUCAAAAUAUGAUGAGGAAAUAGAGGGAGAGAAGAAGAAAAGUUUCCGGCUCAGUGCUGGAGGCUUUGUUACUGGGGAGAGAGAGCGCGAGUUACAGGCCAUUAGAGAGUCCCUGCACAACCAGGCACAAACUCUGGAGAUGCCUGCUCUGACCCUGGCCACAGAAUACUAUACCCCACAGGAGCUGGUGAGCUUCAAGAAGACCAAACGUCGAGUGAAGAAAAUCCGGAAGAAGGAGAAAAUUCUAAGGGCUGAUGACCUUCUCACUGAUGACUCCCGCAACACAGACUUUGGCUCCAGGACACGAGGGCGAGGGAGGAGGCAGGUAGAUGAAGACGGAGAAGAGGAAGACUUUACUAAGGAGGAUGACGACAGCAGCAGCAGCAAAGUGGCUGAUGUGCUGCAGCAGUCUGAUGACAUUCGGAUGGCUGACAUGGAUAUUAGUGAUGACGAUGACCUUGUGGCUUCAGAGUCUACAGCCAUAGAGGAGGAUGAGGCGGAGCUGGAGCUGCAGAAACAGCUGGAAAAACAGAGGAAGCUUAAACAGAAACAGAUGCUGAAGGAUUCGGGAGAAAAGGUGGCGGAGCAUCUGCAAGAAUUGGUGAGGACCAGAGAUGAUGAAGAUGACCCUGAGAAGAAGAACAACAUUGUCUUCAAUGCUACCUCAGAGUUCUGCCGCACACUAGGAGAUAUUCCCACCUAUGGCCUGUCAGGCAACCGAGAGGACCAGGAGGACAUCAUGGACUUUGAACAAGAGGAGGAGCGUGAGGGAGCUGGGGGCUCCAAUUCAGAGAAUGAUGAUAACGUGAGAUGGAGCACAGUUAACUUGGACGAGGAGCAGAAGCAACCUGAUUUUACCACAGCUUCAACCACCAUUCUGGAUGAAGAGCCCAUUGUUAAUUCUGGCCUUGCAGCUGCCUUGCUGCUCUGCAAGAACAAAGGAUUAUUGGAAACUCAGGUGCAGAAGGUGGCUCGAGUACGUGCUACAAAAGGAGCUCUGCCAAAUGUUAACUACUGCAUUGAAGAUAAGAUGGCCAUUGAUGACAAGUACAGCAGGAGGGAGGAGUACAGGGGUUUCACUCAGGAUUUCAAAGAGAAAGAUGGAUACAAGCCAGAUGUCAAGAUUGAAUAUGUAGAUGAGUCUGGACGCAAGCUCACUCCUAAAGAGGCUUUCAGGCAGCUCUCCCACCGUUUCCAUGGUAAAGGCUCUGGAAAGAUGAAGACUGAGAAAAGAAUGAAAAAGCUGGAGGAAGAGGCGCUGCUGAAGAAGAUGAGUAGCAGUGACACUCCUCUAGGCACAGUGGCUCUACUGCAGGAGAAACAGAAGUCUCAGAAAACUCCCUACAUUGUGCUCAGCGGUAGUGGAAAGAGCAUGAAUGCGAACACCAUCACCAAAUAGAUGCAUCUGUGUUCUGAAACUCAACAUAUUCUUCUGCAGCAGAUCGUCUUUCAGAAGAAAAUGGUCUUGUAAACUUUCGAAGAAGUCUCUUCACUUAUUAAAAUCAAGUAGGCACACAGUGGUGUAUAUAAAGAUAGUCUGAUAUUUGAAUCUCAUGUUUAAAAAGUUAUUCAUUCUUUUUCUUAAUUAAAAUCUUGCGCUUAAAAAUGGACCAUAUGGAUUACCUUUUCAGUGAAUGGAGUGUUCGAGGAGGGGAUUUUUUUUUCUUUUAAACAUGCCCGUAAAUAAAACUUGGUGUUUUAAGUGUUGUACAGCUCUGAAAAAAAAAUAAAGAACUGGAUAUAUUGAAUUGA